UGUUUUGUAAAAAAGGCAUUUGGUCGCUGACGAAUACUUAGAGCUCAGCGUGGCGCGCAAUGCAACGGACGUAUGCGACACCCGAAUCGAUUUAAAUUGAACGGUUGCAUAUAAUAAAGAAAAAUUAUAUAUAUUUAAAAAGAAAUCAUUAUAAAAUACAAAAUAAAAGGAAUUUUUAAUAAAAAGUGCAGCAACUGCUAAAGAGUAAAGAUGGUACUCUAUAAGAUAUUUCGAAUAAUCUGUAUGAUAUUGAUUCUAAAUGAAUGUGAGGCAUAUAAAAUCUUAUUUAUGGGACCAUUUCCGGCUCCCAGUCACUGGAUGUGGUUGGAGCACUUUCAAAGGGACCUGCUAGAGAAAGGACAUUCCGUGACAUCAAUUAAUAAUCAUCCAACCAAAGAGCCCCAUGCCAAUUUGACUGAAAUCAUUAUUGAUCCUAAGUUCGAUAUACCCGCAUAUAUUCCCAAAGAAAUCAUUUUCAAAAUGCGUUUCUCAAGUGAUUUUCAAAAUUUGCAAAUGUGGUGGAAGGUUGGCGAGUGGACAAGUGAACAUGCCCUGAACGAUCCCAAGGUGAAGGCAUUAAUUGCCUCCAAGGAUCAAAGAUUCGAUUUGAUAAUUAUAGAGCAAUUCUUCCAUGAAAGUUUCCUGAUGUUUGGUCACAAAUUCAAGUGUCCGAUUGUGACAAUUGGUACCAUGGGUUAUGCGGAUAAUAUGGAUCAUUCCAUGGGUUUGGUGACACCAUGGUCGGUGAUACCACAUCUGUUAUUAUCGUACAGUGAUCAAAUGACAUUCAAGCAAAGGUUUUACAAUGUAUAUUUGUCGCUCUAUGAUGCGGUGAUGAGAAGAUGGUAUUACAUGCCGAGAAUGCAGGAAAUGGCAGAGAGGCAUUUUGGUCCUCACAUUAGGGGUCCCCUGCCUAAUGUCCGAGAUUUGGAGAAGAAGAUUUCUUUGAUGCUCAUAAAUAGCCACAGGAGUACCGAUUUACCCAGACCCAGUAUGCCAGGACUGAUCGAUGUGGGUGGAGCCCAUAUAAAACCAUCGAAACCCUUACCACAAGAUCUCAAGAAUUUUAUUAACAACUCCCCCAAUGGUGUGGUCUACUUCAGCUUGGGUUCCUAUGUCAAAAGUACCGAUGUGCCGGCCGAGCGCAUUGUUGUCAUUCUCAAUGCCUUUGGAAAAUUAAAGCAGAACGUUUUAUGGAAAUAUGAAAAUGAAUCGCUGUCGAACCUCCCACCUAAUGUUAUGAUACGCAAAUGGAUGCCCCAAAAUGACAUCCUAGCUCAUCCGAAUGUCAAACUUUUCAUAACACAUGGUGGCAUAUUUGGCACUCAGGAGGGUAUCUAUUGGGCCAAGCCAAUGCUUUGUAUGCCUUUGUACGGGGAUCAACAUCGCAACACCUUGAAAUCGGUGAGAGCCGGUUAUGCUCUAUCUUUGGAUUUCUCUAAAAUGACCUCCGAAGAUUUACAACUGAGCAUUCAAGCCCUAACAUCAGAUUCUAAAUAUAAACGUAAGGCUGUGGAAAUUUCAAAAAAAUUCCGUGAUAAUCCCAUUCAUCCAUUGGAUGAAGCGACCUAUUGGAUUGAAUAUGUGGCCAAAUAUAAGGGUGCUCAAUUUUUGAAAUCGAAUGGUGCCUACAUGCCGUUAUAUCAAUAUCUAUUGUUGGAUAUUGUGGCUUGUGUAGUGGCGGCUUUGGUACUGGCAAUUGCAGUGCCUGUGAUUAUUGUUCGCAAAUUGAAAAGACUGAUAGCGAAAUCCUCAAAGGGGGAGAAAGAGAAAAAAGUGAAAUAAAACUAUGCAUAUGUAAAUAUAUGUGAUAUGAAUAUAUGUAAUUAUAUAUCUUAGUUAUUGUUUAA